AUGGGGAAAAGAUAUUAUUGCGCUUAUUGUGACAGAUCAUUUAAGGAUGAUCCAGAAGCUAGAAAGAAACAUCUUUCGAGUUUACAACAUGCGAAAAAUCGCGCGGAUCAUUAUAAUAUGUUCAAAGAUCCGGAAGCUAUAUUAAAAGAAGAAUGUACAAAAAUACCAUGCAAAUGGUAUUUAUCUGUUGGUGAUUGUGCAUUUGGCCUUGGUUGCAGAUUUUCUCAUUAUACUCCUCCUAUGAUGUGGGAACUUCAAAGACUUGUUGCUAUGAAGAACCAAUCAAAGUUAAAUGUAACACCUGAAAAUGGCUGGCCAAAUCCUGAUGAUAUCAUUAAAGAAUAUUUUGAGAAUGCCACAAGUGCAAAUAGUACAGAGGAGUUUAAUUAUCCUGCAUGGCACAGACCAUUAGAACUACGUGAUUACUCUAUGUUACCUCCUUCUCUAUGGCCUAUUACACCAGAAAGCUUAGCAAAUACUUCAACUUUCAGAGAAUGGGGUUAA